AUGGACACUGCCAUGGAGGCCAGCCUGGGUGCUGCUGGCCACAAGCCCCGCACAGAGCUUGAUGAUGAGGACUCUUACCCCCAGGGUGGCUGGGAUAUGGUCUUCUUGGUGGCCCUGCUGAUUCUGGGGCUGCCAGCCAACGGGCUUAUGGCAUGGCUGGCCGGCUCACAGGCCCGGGAGGGAGCGGGUACUCGGCUGGCCCUGCUGCUGCUCAGCCUGGCCCUCUCUGACUUUCUGUUCCUGGCAGCAGCAGCCUUCCAGAUUCUGGAGAUCCAGCAUGGAGGGCACUGGCCCCUGGGGACAGCUGCCUGCCGCUUCUACUACUUUUUGUGGGGUGUGUCCUACUCCUCUGGCCUCUUCCUGCUGGCAGCCCUGAGCCUGGACUGCUGCCUGCUGGUGCUGUGUCCAGGCUGGUACCCCAGGUGCCGCCCGGCCCGCUUGCCCCUCUGGGUCUGUGCUGGGGUCUGGGUGCUGGCCACACUCUUCAGUGUGCCCUGGCUGGUAUUCCCCGAGGCUGCCGUCUGGUGGUAUGACCUGGUCAUCUGCCUGGACUUCUGGGAGAGCGAGGAGCUGCCGCUGCGGAUGCUUGAGAUCCUGGGGGGCUUCCUGCCAUUCCUUCUGCUGCUCGUCUGCCACGUGCUCACACAAGCUGCUGCCUGCAAGGCUUGCCGCUGCGGCCGGCCCAGGCCUCCGGCCUGCCGUGGCUUUGCCCGUGUGGCCAAGACCAUCUUGUCAGCCUACGUGGUCCUGCGGCUGCCCUACCAGUUGGCGCAGCUGCUGUACCUGGCCUUCCUGUGGGACGUCUACCCCGGCUACCUGCUCUGGGAGGCCCUGGUCUACUCUGACUACCUGAUCCUGCUCAACAGCUGCCUCAGCCCCUUCCUAUGCCUCCUGGCCAGCGCCGACCUCCGGGCCCUGCUGCACACCGUCCUCUCCUCCUUUGCGGCGGCUCUCUGUGAGGAACGGCCUGGCAGCGUCACGCUAGCGGAGCCGCAGACCCAAGCAGACUCUGGGGGCCAGUCUCUGCCAGCGCCAAUGUCUGAGGCCCAGCCACAGGCAACCCCCAUGGUCCCAUCACAGGCAACCCCCACCACCCAGCCAGAGGUGAACCCCACAGCCCAACCACAGGAGACCCCCACCGCCCAGCCAGAGGCGAACCCCAACGCCCAGCCACAGGCAGAUUCUGUAGCCCAGCUGGACUCUAUGGCCCGACCGCAGGCAAGCCCUGAGGCCCAGACUCCCGAACCCACUGCCAGCCCCCAUGAUGAAGGCCCCUGCAACCCAUCCACAGAACCCACCCCAGAGGCCUCUGAGAAGCCAGACACGUCUGCUGCAGCGGAAGAAGAAAGCCCUGGUAGUGGCCCCCCAGAGGUGGCCAUGGGCACAAGCCCCACAUGA